AUGAUGUUGCCACAAAGUGGUGUCAAAAGUACUGAUAAGGAUAAUGGAAAUGGUGGUGGCAUGGGCACAAGAGUCUUUUCACCUUCUGGUGUUCCUGGCAUUCAGUGGAGACCUGGUGGUUCCUUCCAAAGUCAACAUGAAGGGGAGGAUUUUGAUGACUUUGAGGAUGUUGAUAUGUUAUACAACACCUUAUCACUAGACAAAGUAGAAGCACUUGAAGAUCUUGUUAUCAUUGGUCCACCUGACCUCGUUAAGGUAACAACAUAUAUGUUGUUCAAACUUCAAAACCCUACUUGA